AUGUCUGGAUCUUCGAGAAGCAAGCAGAGGCAGAAAGCUGACUUAGCCACAAUCCUCCGCAAAUCGUGGUACCAUUUGAGAUUGUCGGUUCGCCAUCCGACAAGGGUCCCUACUUGGGAUGCGAUCGUUCUCACUGCGGCUAGUCCCGAACAAGCGGAGCUUUACGAAUGGCAGCUCCGGCGAGCCAAGCGUAUGGGACGAAUAGCUAGCUCCACCGUCACUUUAGCCGUUCCUGACCCAGAUGGUAAACGGAUCGGGUCUGGUGCUGCCACUCUUAACGCCAUUUAUGCUCUUGCUCGACAUUAUGAGAAAUUAGGUUUCGAUCCUGGUCACGAGGUGGAAGUUGGUAAUGGGAAAAUGUCUUCAAUGUGUUGGGUUAGAUUCGUCUCUGAAAAGCAUGUACUGAUGCUUCAUGCUGGAGGUGACUCUAAAAGAGUUCCAUGGGCAAAUCCUAUGGGGAAAGUAUUCCUUCCACUUCCUUAUCUUGCAGCUGAUGAUCCUGAUGGUCCUGUUGCUCUCCUUUUUGAUCAUAUACUUGCAAUUGCUUCAUGUGCAAGACAGGCUUUUGGAGAUGCAGGUGGAUUAUUCAUUAUGACUGGAGAUGUCCUUCCAUGUUUUGAUGCAUUUAAAAUGACUCUUCCUGAAGAUGCAGCCUCCAUUGUUACUGUGCCUAUCACUCUCGAUAUUGCUUCUAACCAUGGUGUUAUUGUCACAUCCAAAUCUGAGUCCCUUUCCGAAGACUAUACUGUCAGUUUAGUAAAUGAUCUUCUGCAGAAGCCUACUGUGGAGGAGCUUGUUAAGAAAGAUGCAAUCUUACAUGAUGGACGAACGCUCCUUGACACUGGGAUAAUAUCUGCAAGGGGAAAGGCAUGGUUGGAACUGGUUGCUCUUGGAUGCUCGUGCCAACCAAUGAUCUUAGAGCUUUUAGGCAGUAAAAAGGAGAUGAGUUUGUAUGAAGAUUUGGUGGCUGCUUGGGUUCCUUCAAGGCAUGAUUGGCUGCGAACUCGACCUUUGGGUGAACUUCUUGUCAACAGUCUAGGGAGGCAAAAGAUGUACAGCUACUGCACCUUUGAUUUGCAGUUUUUGCAUUUUGGAACAUCAUGUGAGGUAUUGGAUCACUUAAGCGGAGAUGCUUCAGGAAUUGUAGGUCGAAGACACUUAUGUUCCAUCCCUGCUACUACAGUUUCUGAUAUUGCAGCGUCUUCUGUUAUUUUGUCUAGUAAAAUUGCACCUGGUGUUUCCAUUGGUGAAGAUUCACUUGUAUAUGAUUCAACAGUUUCUGGUGCUGUACAAAUUGGUUCUCAGUCCAUAGUUGUUGGUAUUCACAUCCCAAGUGAAGGUCUUGGAGCUCCAGAGAGUUUCAGAUUCAUGCUUCCGGAUAGGCAUUGUCUUUGGGAGGUCCCAUUGUUGGGACACAAGGAGAGAGUGAUUGUGUAUUGUGGUCUCCAUGAUAAUCCAAAGAACCCAAUUCACAAAGAUGGAACUUUUUGCGGUAAACCCUUUGAGAAGGUUCUGUUUGAUCUUGGGAUUGAGGAAAGUGACCUCUGGAAUUCUUAUGCUGCUCAAGACAAAUGUUUGUGGAAUGCAAAAGUAUUCCCGAUUCUCACUUAUAGUGAAAUGCUAAAGUUAGCGUCGUGGUUGAUGGGUUUAGAUGAUAGUAGAAACAAGGAGAAGAUUACCUUGUGGAGAAGCGCACAACGCGUAAGCUUAGAAGAGUUGCAUGGAUCAAUAAACUUUCCUGAGAUGUGCAAUGGUUCGAGCAAUCAUCAAGCUGAUCUUGCAGCUGGAAUUGCUAAAGCAUGUAUGAAUUAUGGUAUGCUUGGGCGAAAUUUGUCUCAGCUGUGCCAUGAGAUUUUACAGAAAGAGUCAUUAGGAUUGGAAAUAUGCAAGGAUUUUCUGGACCAAUGCCCCAAAUUUCAGGAGCAAAACUCCAAAAUUCUUCCAAAGAGUCGGGCAUAUCAGGUAGAAGUUGAUCUUCUUCGAGCAUGUGGGGAUGAGGCAAAAGCUAUAGACUUGGAACAUAAAGUCUGGGGAGCAGUUGCAGAAGAAACUGCUUCAGCUGUGAGAUAUGGUUUCAGAGAGCAUCUCUUGGAAUCAAGCAGCAAGCCCCAUUCGGAGAAUCAUAUUUCUCAUUUGGAUCGAGUUUUCCAACCAAGGAGGACAAAAGUUGAACUACCAGUUCGGGUAGAUUUUGUAGGAGGUUGGAGUGAUACACCUCCGUGGAGUUUAGAGCGUGCGGGUUGCGUCCUGAACAUGGCUAUAACUCUAGAAGGUUCACUUCCCAUUGGUACAAUUAUCGAGACAACUAAUCAGAAGAGUGGAAUCUCAAUCCAAGACGACGCUGGAAACGAGCUACACAUCGAAGAUCCAAUGAGCAUUAAGACACCAUUUGAAACCAGUGAUCCAUUCAGGCUUGUUAAAUCUGCUCUGUUAGUAACCGGCAUUGUCCAAGAAAACUUUCUCCACUCCACAGGAUUAGCAAUAAAGACGUGGGCCAAUGUUCCUCGUGGUAGUGGUCUAGGAACCUCUAGCAUCCUAGCUGCAGCAGUUGUGAAAGGACUUCUCCAGAUAUCUAAUGGAGAUGAAAGCAAUGAAAAUGUCGCGAGGCUUGUCUUGGUUUUGGAGCAACUCAUGGGUACUGGAGGUGGCUGGCAAGAUCAGAUCGGUGGAUUAUACCCAGGAAUCAAAUUUACUUCAAGUUUUCCAGGAAUUCCUCUGCGUCUUCAAGUUGUUCCUUUACUCGCCUCGCCACAGCUAAUCACAGAGUUGCAGCAACGCCUCCUCGUUGUUUUCACGGGACAAGUCAGGCUUGCUCACCAAGUACUACACAAGGUUGUAACAAGGUAUCUGCAAAGAGAUAAUCUCUUGAUUUCAAGCAUUAAGCGUUUGACCGAGCUGGCGAAAUCCGGUAGAGAAGCGUUGAUGAACUGUGAAGUGGAUGAGCUCGGCGAAAUAAUGUCAGAAGCUUGGAGAUUACAUCAAGAGCUUGACCCAUUCUGCAGCAAUGAGUUUGUGGACAAGCUUUUCGCCUUUUCGCAACCUUAUUGCUCCGGUUUCAAGCUAGUAGGUGCAGGUGGAGGAGGAUUCUCUCUUAUAUUGGGGAAGGACACAGAGAAAGCUAAAGAGUUAAGACAGAGAUUGAAACAACAUCCAGAGUUUGAUGUCAAAGUUUAUAACUGGAGCAUCUGUAUUUAA